AUGGGUGCUUAUGAGAUAAACAAUGCUAGUAUGAUACAAAUUCUGAGAGCAAGUGAUCAAUCAAAGAAAAGAGGUGGUUCUGUUAUAGGACAUAAAUGCAUAGGUCGCGAUAGAAGGAAGGGUCAUGAUCGAUUGUUUGCGGAUUAUUUUGCGGCAAAUUCGAUUUAUUCACCUGCAAUAUUUCAGAGACGUUCUAGAAUGCGUCGUCUUCUGUAUUUACGAAUUUUGAAUGCCAUUGAAGCACACGAUCCAUAUUUUGUUAAAAAAAAAGAUGUAGUUCAUAUCCUCAGAUUGUCUCCACUUCAAAAGAUGACUUCAGCAAUUAGAAUACUCUCAUAUGGAGUGGCAGCAGAUACAAUUGAUGAUUAUGUAUUACUUGCUAUCGGAGAGGUUCGUGGGUUUAGGAGUGGAAAAAUUGUCCAACAGCAUGGCAAGAUAAUCUCCUCCUCCCAAGGAGCAAAGAAGCAACAUUUUGCAAGAAUGCAAGAGUCAACAAGGAAGGAUAUAAAGCGGGCAUUCAGAGUGCUCCAAUCCCGAUUUGCAAUUGUAGGUGGUCCAGUACAUUUUUGGGAUCCCAAAAUGCUUGAUAACAUAAUGAAGAGUUACGUUAUAUUGCACAAUAUGAUUGUCGAAGAUGAGAGAGAUGAGCAUAUUGAUUUCAAUUAUGAAAUUUCAUCAACCAACUCACCAGUACUAGUUUCGUGUAGCAGUAACAAUGAAUUUCAAUCAUUUAUGUCCUGUCAUUUAGGUAUUAGAGAUAAGAAUACAUAUUAUGCCCUUCGCAACGAUUUGAUAGAACAUAUGUGGCAUCUUCAUGGUGAAAACUAA